CCGCGCCGCUGUCGCAGCCGCCAGCACGGGUCCGCGGGGCCGGUGGUGUCGCCGCCGCCUGUCGCACCCCCUGCCAGCCCCGGGAGGAGCCGAUGAGUUGCUGGAUGCCUGGGUGCCCAGCUCUCAGCAUGUGCCGGGGCUUAGCCGCGCUCCCCAUCACUUGCCUGGAAAGAGCCAAGGAUCUGAAGAGCCGCUUGGGCAUCCUGCUUCAUAAACCCGAGCUGGGACACAAGGCGGGCAGCUCCAGCAAGCUGCAGCUGGGCUCUAGGCGCAGAGACUCCUCCCGAGAGGUGCUGGAAUGGAGGGAGUCCUUUGACCAGCUCCUCAAGAGCAAAAGUGGGGUAAAUGCAUUCCACACCUUCCUGAAGACUGAAUUCAGUGAGGAGAACCUCGACUUCUGGCUGGCAUGCGAGGACUUCAAAAAGACCCGGUCAAAAACUAAGCUGGCCUCCAAAGCCAACAGGAUCUUUGAGGAGUUUGUCCAAAGUGAGGCGCCCAGGGAGGUGAACAUCGACCACGAAACCAGGGAGAUCACCCGCAAGAACCUCUCGGGGGCCACCUCCGCCUGCUUCAACGAGGCGCAGGCCAAGACGCGCACGCUGAUGGAGAAGGACUCCUACCCCCGCUUCCUGAAAUCCGCCUCCUACCAGGACAUGACCAAGCAGGCCGCCGGCCGCGGCACCGGCAAGAGGCCGCACACCUGACGGGGGGACCAGGCUGGGGGCCAGGCGAAGGCUGAGGCCCCCGUGCUGGGGGUCCGGCUGAAGCGCUGGGCUUUCAGCAGGACCCCCAGCACCUCCAGCGCUUCCCGGAGCCGCCGGACACGGCGUUCAUUCCUCCCUGCCUGGCGGUGGGAGCCCGGAGCCUCCCCUCGCAGCCCGGCCGGAGAACUUUGGCACUGCAGGCAUGGAAAGAAAUGGGGUUUGAGCUGCGAGAGCAGCGGGAAGAGAUGGGGUUCCCCCGAGCACCCACAAGGAAGAGCUCCCAGCUGCGCUCUGACCGGCAGGGCCAGCACAGGAGCCUGCCGCUCCCCCUCGCAGGGAAUGGCCAGGAUAAAGCCCUGAGACUACACGGCAUUUUCAGCUGGAGGGAUCCUGCACCUGCCUUCUCCUGAUCCCAAGAUCCUCCAGCUGUGUCCUAUGCAUGCUCUGCAGCGAAGCUUUCCACCUCCUUCCAGUGCAGUGACGAUUUGAUCCCUCGCUUGAGCUCCGCGACCUUCAGAUUGCACCUAAUCUUAGGUCACGUGCGUGACGUUUUAUCCCUGUUACUGUUAUUUAUUUCAUCAUUGUUAUUAUUAUUAUAUCUAUAUUUAUUAGAGGAGCACUGCUGAAAGCACACACGUGUAUCCCUUGCUCCGGGGAGCUUGUAAGUUAAAUUAUUUUAGCUGUUGUAGCACUUAGCAUGCUUCCCACCUUUUCUGUGUAAUAAUUUGAGAGGACCAGACAGAUUUGUAGCAUGGUUUUGGAGCAAGGUACACCAGUAGCAGCAGGGAGAGCUGCUAGAGAGUUUGGAUGGCAGGGCAAGGAUGCUUUGCAGCCCAUGUUGUUCCCUCUCUCUCUUAAAGAUGUGGAAGGUAUGUCACCACCUUGUCCUAGACAGGGAACAGAAAGGUCAAACAGGUACUUUGGUGAGCAACUCUAUGGAAAAUUUGAUUUUCACACAUGGGAGAGAAAACCCUGGGGCUUUGCCUGUGUUUAUAAUUGGGCUUGGAUGGUGAAACCAGUCUGCAGCCACAGCACUUUACCAGAAACGCGUGGAGUGAGUGAAAUCAUCCCAUAAAUUCAGUGACUCGGGGUGGCAGGACACAUCACCAGCCCAGACCUGGGGGCAGCUCUUCAGAAAGUCCCUCUCAGCAGGAAUUCUGAGGUUCUGGAGAGGUGUGGGUCCCACUUGGCAGCAAUGGUGGGUGGGUGGGUGAUGUGGAACCUGUGCUGGGUCCUGGGCAAUGUGCCACCAGCACUGCUCCCUGCUGAGGGCUGCUUUCCAGGGCUCUGUCUAUCCCCAAAGACCAAACCUGAAGAUCCUUAUCCCACUGGUACUCACUCCUUGUCAAGGGAACUCUCUUUUGCCCCUCUGUCUCAGCAACAGCCAGAGCACAGCAUCCUUUGGGCUUUUCACAGCUGCUUGAGCAAAGCAAGGGACCAAAGACCAGUUUGGGGAUGUUACUCCGAGUCCUCUUCCACCACCCCCAUCCUGGUCCCACCUCUGAGCCUCUGGCUGUUGUCCUGGCUGUGUUUAUAGGGAGAUAGCUGCUUUCUUAUUUAUUAUUUAUUUUUACAACUGGAACCACCUUUGCUGUGUUACUGAAGCGAGCGACGCACAAUGGUCUGUUCUCAUUACCGACGUAACGUUGUCAUUACAAAAUAAAGUGUAAACAGCAAAA